AUGAAAAUCUUAAAGAAAAAUGGUAAUGAGCCUUUUAAUACCGAAAAAAUUGGCAAUAUUUUACAAAAGGGUUAUUUUAAAAUAGUUCCUAAUAUUUUUGAAGGAGAUAAAAAUGGUUUUUUUGCUGGUAUUUUUAACCGAGGAGUAUAUGUUUACGAAGAACAUCCCCACGAAUACUUUUUAGAAAAAGGAGAAACGGGAAAAUUUGAACGAGGAGUAUUAAAUAAAGAUCCU